CGCGGCCGCCUGUCUGUCCCUCGACGGAAGCCAGGACGGGCGGUGUGGUGUGGGCGGGCACCUCUGUCCUCCAGCUCGGUGCCCCUCCCCCAGCAGUGCCCCCCACACCCGUGCUCCGGUCUCGAUGAGGUGGUCGGGCCCUCGGCCACCCUUUCCUUCCUCUCGGCCACCCAAGGCUCUCCUUGGGAGCAGUGAGGGCUUCUGGGGGCGCCUCUGGGUGCCGGGCGCCUUGGACUACGCUGGGGAGCCACAUUGGCCUGGGAGGCAACUUUUAGAAGGGUGAGGGGCGAUGUCAGUCUCAGCCCUGAGUGGUGUCAGCUGUCACCGACUGGGAAGCUCAAGGACAGACACUGACCUCCAUAGUGCUGAAGACUGCAGGUCCGGGAUCGAGGUGCUGGUGGGCUGGUGCUGGGGAGGGCUCUGCCUGGCUCCUGGAGAGAGCCUUCUCCCCACAGAGCUGUCCAGUUGCCUGCGUAGGAAUCCCAUCAUGGGAUCGGUCUUUACUUCUGAAUAUACUUCGCUGGGGUUAGGGCUCCAGAGUGCUAAUUUGGGGGGACACAAUACAUUUCCCAUAAGAGACCUCGCAGAAGGGAUGCUGCUGAGGCUGAGCAGGGGGCCAUGUGGCCUGGGGUAGCUGUGGCCGAUGCCCUGUUUCACGUGUGGCAGCCACAUCUGUGCUAAGCCACCCUGCACUACUCAGACCAAGUGAAAGGCUGCUGGGAAUCCUUAGAGGCCUGAGCCUGUGGAAGCCCUGCUGUAAACUGAGUCCCAGUCAGCAGGGAUUUCUUUGGAUUGCCAGCAGGCCUUGGGGGAAGGCAGCUACCGCUGUGGUGUUCAGCACCUGCCCCAGUCCUGCUCAGCAGGGAGAGCUGAUUGGGGCCUGAUCUGACAGACAUUGUAGGGUGCUGACCUCACUGUGUGGCCGGGGUCAGGACUGGAGACGAAGCCAGGUGCUGCCUACCAGCUGCUGGGAUUUGUUUCCCUCGAGGACAGCAGCAAGGGGUCUGCUGCCUUGGUCUGUGCCAAAGGUUUGAGCCUGUCUGGGAAGGACAGGUGGGGAGCACAGGACUAUGCUGAAUGCCCAGGUGGGUGUGGGGAGGUGGAGGCUGGGCUCAGGUCUCCAGACAGAAAUACUAUGCAGUGAAGGGUGGUUUAGCAACCUGCUGGAAGUGUUCCAGAGGAAAGUACACAAUAUGAUAACUUCAGAGACUCAGGAUCACAGGCUGUGGUGCUGGGGACUUUAGUGGCCUUCCUGCCUCCCACCCCAUCAGGCACUGCCCUUGGUAAGAUGCCAGGGAGCUGUGCAGGGCCUCCCAUUGCUUUUGAGUGGCUGGUGGGGCUUAAGCCUAGACUCCUGGCUCAACAGGCUUCUCCUGUCCCCUUAACCCGGUGGCACCCAGAGGCAGGACUGUUUCUUGCUACUGAAGCCUCUCCAAGGCAGACUUGGAGCCCUCUCCUGGCCUCCUCAGGCACAGGCACACCCAGGGCAAGCUGCAGAGGGUGGGUUGGCCUGGCUGACCGCAGACCUGUGGCUGGGCGCCUGUGGGAGGGCAGGGCAGGCUGAGGCAACGUGGUCUGCUCCCAUUCGCUGGCAGUGCCACAGCCUCCCGCCCGCUGCCUUCACAGGAUGUUUUUUUUAAGAAGAUUUUUUUUGUUUUUUGUUUUUUUGCUCCUGCUUUGGCAGCCUUGUGCUGCUCAUUAAUAAGAGUUGUUUGCUUCCAUGUGUGAAGCCGGACUGAGGAAGAUUGUUUCCCAUUCCUUGUCAGGCAGCAGUUGUGGGCCUGCAGGGUGGACCCUGGCCCUGACUGUCCUCUACCUUCCGGGUUCAUGAAGGGGGAGGGCCCACAGGCACACUGCCUUCCCUCCCAGCACACCUUCCUGUUCCUGUCGGUUGGUUUUCUCUGUAGAAAGAAAGGAGGCCCAAUGGAGCUGAUGACUGUGGGCUUUGACAGAGACCUGGCUGUGCCCAGAUGGAGCCAGCAGUGGUGCUUCACAAAUGUGCUGGCCUUUAUGAUGCCUGAGUAGGGCAGGCUCCAGACCUGGAAGCCCAGAGGGAAAGGAGUGGGCCGGGUCUUUCCCUAUGGGGCAGGCCAUUGAGGACUGAGUUCAGAGGCCCAAUCGGGCUCUAAUUACUGCUUUCCUUGGUCUCUGCUGACCUCCCUGCACAUUCUACAGCCCAAUUGCUUCCUGAGCCCUGACCCUGACCCUGCUGCUCCCUGCCCACACCACUUCCUCUGCCAGAGGGCUCUGCUGGGCUCGGGAUGUCCUUCCUCUUCUAAGUCAGCCUCGGGGCACAUUUGUAUCAAGCACUUGUUUAUGCCCAGAGAGAGAUGCUGUCAGCCCAGAAAGUGCACUGAGUUCCUUUUCUGCGGCCGGGAAGCUGAAGGUGGUCAUCACCAUCCAUCCUGACAGACACAGCUGAGGGCCUAGGUCUGCGUGUAUGGCAGGGCUGCAGGACAUGGAGGGGAGAGAAGUUUGAGAGAGCACACACUUGUGCUUUCCGUUUUCUCUGCAUCAUGAAAGUUCUGGGUUGUGUGCUGCAAUGAUGAGGUGGAAGUGAGUCCAAGGCUCCCUGCCAGCACCAUGGGGUCACAGCUCCCCCAUGAGUGUUCCUUUGGUGCACAGCUUGGAUAUUCACAGACCCUCAGAACAUGCCACGCUGCCUAGGCGUGGCUGAAAGCAAAUUGGGGCUAUUUUAGUUCACUAACAUUACAGCAUACAGGUUCCAAUAGCAGAUUUCUCAGAUCGGGGCCACACUCAGCUGUGAACUGCCUUCGGCUCACAGGCUGGCACCACAAGUGUCAGUUAAGGAACCAAUCUUGGUCAGGUCUUACAGCUUCUUCCAAUGCCUGCUGAGCUCCUGUGGCUCACGUCUUGCAGUUGGGUUGUUUUAACUGCUCUGUCAGGUGGCAUUUGUCAGGAAAAAUGGAAUGCCUUUGGACCCCACUCAGCAAGUUCAGGAAGAGCUAUACAGACACAGGGGAGCAUUGCCAGUGUUUCAGUGGGACCCUGGUCCCCACCAGAGCCUUAGUGGCCACAAGUAUGGGUCUGGUGGAGGCCAUUUGUCCCCCUUCAGUCAGCAUGACCCUUGUCCCUCAGUGAACACCUGGCAUUCCAGGGCUGUGUCCGCAGAGCUGGGGGCUCUUUGUGAGGACACAGCGUGAAGCCCUGACACUGUGAGCUGGCCCUCUGUGGGGCCACCCUGGACUUCUUCUGCCUUACAUUUCUCUCAAGCUGGAGGAAACCCUGGCCCCAAAGGGUGCCACCCUCUCUGCCUUCCCCAGGACCCCUCCAUCUGGUUGGGUGCUGCUUGCCCAUUUCAUUGCUCUUAGAGGCUGUGGGUUUUUAAACCAGGCCUUUCCUAGACCUGUACCUUGGCAGCCUCCUCUGGCGGUCAGGGCAGGGAGUAUGAGGGUCAUUCAGGAUGCCUAUUCCCAGCCCUGAGGACUGAGUCCUGUUUUCUAGGCAUCUUCCAUCUGCUUGGAAGCUGCCGUCCAGCCAUGGAAGGGGAGGAGCAGCCACCUCAGGAGGCUGAUAUGGAAACUGUCAUGACAUCGGGGGCCUCAGAGUCGGUGCCUAGGGUGCUCUCCGGAGAAGCCCAGAACCUGUCCGACGUGGACGCCUUCAACCUGCUCCUGGAGAUGAAGCUGAAACGGCGGCGUGAGCAGCCCAAUCUGCCACGCACGGUGACCCAGCUGGUGGCCGAGGAUGGGAGCAGAGUAUAUGUGGUGGGCACCGCCCACUUCAGUGACGACAGCAAGCGGGACGUGGUAAAGACCAUACAAGAGGUGCAGCCUGACGUGGUGGUCGUAGAGCUCUGCCAGUACCGUGUGUCCAUGCUGAAGAUGGAUGAGAGGACGCUGCUGCGCGAGGCCAAGGAGGUCAGCCUGGAGAAGCUGCAGCAGGCCGUGCGGCAGAAUGGGCUCAUGUCCGGGCUCAUGCAGAUGCUGCUGCUGAAGGUGUCAGCCCACAUCACUGAGCAGCUGGGUAUGGCCCCUGGUGGCGAGUUCAGAGAGGCCUUCAAGGAGGCCAGCAAGGUGCCUUUCUGCAAGUUCCACCUGGGUGACCGCCCCAUCCCUGUCACCUUCAAGAGGGCCAUCGCUGCACUGUCCUUCUGGCAGAAGGUCAAGCUGGCUUGGGGCCUGUGCUUCCUGUCAGACCCCAUCAGCAAGGAUGACGUGGAGCGCUGCAAGCAGAAGGACCUGCUGGAACAGAUGAUGGCUGAGAUGAUCGGCGAGUUCCCUGACCUGCACCGCACCAUCGUGUCGGAGCGUGACAUCUACCUGACCUACAUGCUGCGGCAGGCCGCCCGGCGCCUCGAGCUGCCCCGAGCCUCUGAUGCUGAGCCCAGGAAGUGUGUGCCUUCCGUGGUCGUGGGUGUCGUGGGCAUGGGCCACGUGCCUGGCAUUGAGAAGAACUGGAGCACGGACCUCAACAUCCAGGAGAUCAUGACUGUCCCCCCGCCAUCCAUCAUGGGCCGAGUGUCCCGCCUGGCCGUGAAGGCUGCCUUCUUCGGGCUGCUGGGCUACAGCCUGUACUGGAUGGGCCGCCGCACCGUGAGCCUCGUGCUGUCACUGCCUGUGGCACAGGCCUGCCUCCAGAGGGCAUCUGCGGCCCGGCCUGGCCCAUAGGAGGCCACUUGGUGCAGUGC